AUGGCCUCCCUAGCCUUGUCGCUGCGGGACCGGCAAGUCGCAUCGAUCCAGAAAAUCCUGAACCUGAACCACGAUAUCCACGUCACUGGAGAUGCUCCGCUGGAAGGCGCCGCCCCUCAGUCUACGCCCAUCUUGAACGAAGACGGCGAUCCCAUAUGGAAGGUCCUGGUGUUCGAUAAUAAGGGCCGCGAUGUGAUCAGCAGUGUCUUGCGAGUCAACGACCUGCGGGCCUGGGGUGUGACUAUUCAUUUAAACAUAAACUCCGCGCGAUACCCAAUUCCCGACGUUCCUGUGGUCUAUCUCGUUGAACCUACUCCAGUGAACGCGCAGCUCAUUACUUCUGACCUAUCCCGCGGACUCUAUUCCCCGGCCUACGUUAACUUCUUAUCCUCAGUGCCCCGCCAGCUCCUAGAAGACUUCGCCUCGCAGAUUGCGUCUACGGGCACGGCGGAACACAUUUCCCAGGUUUUCGACCAGUACCUGAAUUUUAUCAUGGCGGAGCCGGAUCUCUUUAGCUUGGGUCUGGGUAACGACUCAUAUUGGAAAAUCAACAGUGCCCAAACGAGCGACGAGGAUCUUGAUAGUAUCGUGGAUAAGAUCGUUAGUGGGCUGUUUGACGUCAGCGUCACCAUGGGUGCCAUUCCUAUUAUUAGAUGUCCGAAAGGCGGCGCAGCAGAGCUCAUAGCGACCAAGUUAGACCGCAAACUUCGCGAUCAUAUACUGAACUCCAAGGAUAAUUUGUUUUCAAGCAACAAACGGCCGGGGGUGGCUGUGCCGUCGUCACGGCCAGUUAUGAUUAUUGUGGAUCGGAAUGUUGACCUGGUGCCCAUGCUGUCCCACGGGUGGACAUAUCAAUCUCUGGUGCAGGACGUACUCAACAUGCAUCUUAACCGCAUCACUGUGGAGACACUUGUGGAUGAAUCAGAUGCUUCUAAAGGGAAGACCAAGAAAGCAUACGACCUUAACGCAACCGAUUUUUUCUGGAAACGCAAUGCCAAUGUGCCCUUCCCCCAGGUGGCAGAAGACAUUGACGCGGAGUUGACACGGUACAAGGAGGAUGCCAACGAGAUCACAAAGAAGACCGGGGCAUCGUCGAUUGAAGACCUUCAAAACGAUACUAGCGCGUCUGCGCAACAUUUGAAAGCGGCCAUAACUCUCCUCCCUGAAUUGCGCGAGCGUAAGGCAACCCUCGAUAUGCACAUGAACAUUGCCACAGCGUUGCUACAAGGGAUUAAAGACCGCCAACUCGACAAUUUUUUCCAACUCGAGGAAAAUAUCGGCAAGCAAACCAAGAGUCAGAUAUUGGAAUUGAUAAACGACCCGAGCAAGGGGACAGACCCAUCAGAUAAACUCCGACUGUUCAUUAUCUGGUUUCUGACCACAGAAACCGAACUGACGCGCGGCGAAAUGACGAAUUUUGAGGAAGCUUUGCAGAAAGCAGGUAACCAGGAUACCACUUCUAUUGCCUACGUCAAGCGCGUACGAGAGAUUACCCGAAUGACUAUGAUGACAAGCUCGACGGUAGCUCCCCAGCAACAGUCAUCUGACUUAUUCAAGGGAUUCUCUUCCCUGUCAAACCGACUGACAGACCGUAUCACAUCUGGCGCGCUCGGGGCCAACUUUGAUUCACUCAUUUCCGGCGUCAAAAACUUCCUUCCAGUCAACAAAGAUCUUACGCUUACAAAAAUCACAGAGUCUAUUAUGGAUCCUCAAGCGGCAUCCAGUUCAGCGAUUGCCAAGACAGAAAACUAUCUCUACUUUGAUCCUCGCAGCGCCAACGCGCGCGGGGCCAUGCCUACAUCCUCUUCGGCUCGUGGACAGCAACCAGCCGGUGGAUCUGGUACACCAGGAAUCAACGCUAGUUUCGGGCAACGCCGCCAAGCUUUCAAUGAAGCCAUCGUGUUCACGGUUGGUGGUGGCAGUAUGGAAGAAUACGGCAAUUUGCAAGACUGGGUGGCUCGCACCAGCGGACAAUCUGGCGCUGCUGGUGGUGCUCCUGGAGGCAGCGUUGGUGUUGGUGUUGGUGUUGGUGUUGGUGGUGGUGGUGCCAAUCCAACAGCCACAGCGCCAGGAAGCCAUGCCAAGAGAGUUGUGUAUGGAAGUACGGAGUUGAUGAAUGCUUCUGACUUCUUAAUAGACGCAUUGGCGAAGCUGGGAAAAGAGAGUUAA